AUGGUUUUACAAUGCCGACCAUUUCUCUGAAGCGCAUUCAGUAGCUGCUGGCUCUCACAGCGACGGUCCCAAUGUGCGUAAAAAGCUACGAGACAAGAUAGCCUGAUUUUUACAUUACUGCUCCAAGGAAGAGAGAAUUGACGCACGGAGACAAAGAUUGUGAUCACCACAUUUAUUUCACUCAUCAGAGGAAUUAACUCGGAAAGCUUCGUGACAAGAACCCUUGAUAUCCAACUCUCUGAGUGACAAUAAACGAACAUCCUCAUCAAACAGUCACAAGGAAAAGAGAGACUUUUACGUCUUGAAAAAUGGAGCCUUCCCAGUCAGAGAUGAACAUCUUAUCUAACGGGAAGAGUCAUGACCUCGGAGAUGACACAGGUGUGCCUACGAAGACGUUUCCAGAGGAGGACCAAAAUGGCACUCAAACAGUCAGAUUUGACGAUCCUGAGGGAGGACUGGAGCACGAGGAAUUUCUGCCCACUGCAGAUGGAAAGAAACCAAUACGCUUCACAGACUUUGAAGGAAAAACCUCCUUUGGGAUGUCUGUCUUUAACCUGGGUAAUGCAAUUAUGGGAAGUGGAAUCCUGGGAUUAGCCUACGCCAUGGCCAACACUGGUAUUCUUCUGUUCUGGUUUCUUCUAACUGCAGUUGCAGCGUUGUCAUCUUAUUCCAUUCAUCUUCUGCUUAAAUCCUCAGGCAUUGUGGGGAUUCGAGCUUAUGAACAGCUGGGGUACAGGGCCUUUGGCACUCCAGGAAAAAUGGCUGCUGGCAUCGCAAUCACCCUGCAGAACAUCGGAGCCAUGUCCAGCUACCUGUACAUUGUCAAGUCAGAGCUACCGCUGGUCAUCCAAGCUUUCCUGAAGGCUGAACCCACCUCUGAUCUGUGGUACUUGAAUGGAAACUACCUGGUCGUGAUGGUUUCUCUCAGUGUCAUCCUGCCCCUGGCUCUGAUGAAACAGCUUGGCUACCUUGGCUACACCAGUGGAUUUUCUCUCAGCUGCAUGGUGUUUUUCCUCUCUGCAGUUAUCUAUAAGAAAUUUCAGAUUCCCUGCCCCUUCGAGGAGUACUCUUCCAACAGUACUGCUGCUCUCCACAGUCUGAAUGUCACCAGCCAUGGUCACGAGUACGACAACGGUGUGGUUCAUGAUGAAGACGACUGCUCACCACGCAUGUUCACCAUCAACUCACAGACAGCAUACACAAUUCCCAUCCUUGCUUUCGCCUUUGUCUGCCACCCUGAGGUGCUCCCCAUCUACACGGAGCUCCGCAAUCCAACAAAGAAGAAGAUGCAGAAGGUGUCCAACCUGUCCAUUUUUGUCAUGUACACCAUGUACUUCUUGGCAGCUCUUUUUGGAUAUCUGACCUUUAAAGGUAAUGUGGAGCCUGAACUGCUGCACACUUACAGCAGGAUUGACCCUUACGACACUCUGAUCCUGUGUGUGCGAGUGGCCGUCCUCACAGCUGUGACCCUGACCGUCCCUAUCGUGUUGUUCCCCGUACGUAGAGCCAUCCAGCAGAUGCUAUUCCCCACCAAGUCUUUCAACUGGCUGCGUCACACUGCCAUCGCUCUCAUCCUGCUCACCUUCAUCAACAUGCUGGUGAUAUUUGCUCCUAACAUUCUGGGCAUCUUUGGCAUCAUUGGUGCUACAUCAGCCCCCUGCCUCAUCUUUAUCUUCCCUGCUAUCUUCUACAUCCGCAUCGUUCCCAAAGAGGAUGAACCCAUGAACUCUAUUCCCAAGAUCCUGGCUGCGUGUUUUGCUGCUCUGGGGGUCUCCUUCAUGGUGAUGAGUCUGAGCUUCAUCUUCAUCGACUGGACAACAGGGGGCGGCCGAGCUGCAGGAGGCCAUUAGAUGCUGCUACAGUGUGUGUGUAUGUGUGUACGCUUUGGAAAGGGAGGGGGAAGAAGUGCUCAAUGUAAAGGGAGCAUUAUCACCUGAGUGGAAACACACUACAGAGCUGCUCGACACAGAGCCUGGGCUUUUUAUAGAACAAAAUAGACAGAAUAGUAUGAUGGCAUUGUAUUUAUACUGACAUUCUGACUGGAAUGUAACACAUAUCUGAACAAAAUGUUAUAAUAUCAGCGUUCUAUAACUGAAUUAAUGUAGUGCAAUGCAAAUUUUAUGAAUAAUCAGGACUGAACAGGGUUUUUAAAAUUCCCUUCUGUUGGAGCGACUAUGUCCAUCCACAAUGGUGAAAACGGUCCUUCCCUGUAACUUCCUCUUUAUUUACACACAAACAGCUGCAGCUGGUUCUGUACAGGAGAAAAAGGCACUGAUGUCUUUAAGGUGAAGACAGGAAGAAAUCAAUAUAUACUAUAGACAAGACAGAGAAAUAAUCCCUAACUUAUUUUUACACAAAUACUAAUUAUUUUUCAUAAGGCACACAAGAAGACAGUUGAUCUCUUAUUUUAACCAGCAGCUUAUGAAUUGGUGUCAUAGAAGACGCACAAAAGUGCUUAAAGGCCUUAAUGUGACAGACGACAUCUGUCAGAGUCCUCACUCAGUGUUAGAGUCGAAGCGUUUCUGUUCCAGAUCUUCUAACUUUCUUUAGAAACCCUGGUGCCUUUUACAUUUGGAACAGCACACAAACAUACACUCAAACAAAUCAAAAAACAAGAACCAAACAGGAGUGUAUAUUUAUUUAGCUACUGUAUCUGUGCUUUUAAUUCAAAUUAGCUCUAUUUAACUACUGUACAUGAUGGAAUUACUGAUGUUAGUCUACCAUGUUUGAUAUCAGUUUUUAUUUAGCACACAAGAAGGAAAGUUUAAUGACUGAUCACAUUUUAAAUGCUUUAUGAAUAACAAAGAGCUUGAUUUUUAGCACACCAAACAAUGAAAAUUAAUAAAUUACAGUUUAAAAUUAGCCUGAAAGCUAAAUAUUUCUCUCUCACAUACUUGAUCUCACCCUUUUAGGUAUCACAGUGUGAGGUUUAACAAAUUCAGAAAUAUAUAUUUUUAACUGCACUCAAGAGUAAAAUAAAAUUAUCUAUAUCUUUAUAUGUAAACUACAUUUUGUCAAGUCUGUUCUUUAAACUUGAAUUAAAUUAAGUAGGCUGAUACGGUGCUCAUAUACAGUGCAGUCAGAAAGUAUUCAGACCUCCUUCACUUUUUCCAACCUUGUUUUAUGUUACAGCCUGAUGCUUGUUCAUUUUUUCUUUAAUCAAUCAAAUCAGUACCCAGUAAUAACAAAGUGAAAACAGAAUUUUAGAAAUGUAUGCAAAAAAAAAAAAAAAAAAAAAAAAAAAAAUGGCAGAUCACACUGACAAGUCUAAAUGCUUUGUCUAGAGGAAACCAGGCUCCCAUCAUCUGCCCAGUAUCAUCCCAACAGUGAAGCAUAGUGGCAGCAUCAUGCUGUGGGGGUAUUUUUCAGCAGCAGGGACUGAGAGACUGGUCAGGGUUGUGGGAAAGAAGAAAAGAGCAGAGUACAGAGAUAUCCUCAGUGAAAACCUGUUCCACACCACUCAGGACCUCAGACUGAGCUAAAGGUUCACCUUGCAACAUGACAAUGACCCUAAGCACCCAGCCAAGACAACACGGGACAACUCUGAAUGUCCUAGAGCAGUCCAGCCAGAGCCCUGGCUUGAACCCCAUCAAACAUCUCUGGAGAGAUGUGAAAAUAGCUGUCCAUCGACAAUCCCCAUCCAACCUGACUGAGUUUGAGAGGAUUUGCAAAGAAGAAUGGCAGAAAAUCCCUCAAUCCAGGUGUGCAAAGCUUGUUGCAUCAUAUUCAAUAAGACUUUAGGCUGUAACUGCUGCCAAAGGUGCUUCAACUAAGUACUGAUUAAAGGGUCUGAAUACUUAUGUCAACAGCGUAUAUAUGUUUUUUUAUUCUUAAUGAAUUUGCAAAAUUUUCUAAAAUUCCUUUUUCACUUUGUCAUAACAGGGUACUGAAUAAAAUGAAAAUCUUUUGACUGGAGCAUCAGGCUGCAACAUAACAAAACUGAAAGUGAGAGGGGUCUGAUUACUUCCCUAAUACACUGUCUGUGAUAUAGAAAUAGGGCCAAGAGGAGUCAGUUAGCGUAGUUUAGCAUAAAGGAGGAAACUUCUAGCUAUGCUCUGUCCAGUUAAAAAUAAUAACAUGUAAUACAGUCUCCUUUGUUGAAGAUUCCCAAAAGAUGAAAUCAAAUGGAAACCUAAAUUAGUUGCUAAUAUCUCAAAAAAGAAAUAAAAAACACUUUCAUGGGUAGACACCCCUUAGGGCGCGUUCAAUAUAUAUAUUACAGUGCUUAACAAAUUUAUUUGACCAUCUGUCAUAUUUGUCCCAGAGACCAUCCAGCAUCAUGAAGUGCUUUUAUGCGGACUCUUUCAUUUUCAGUGAGCUCUCCAUGUUUU